CGGCUCGCGCCCUACAUCAUCGACCUGCAGUCAAUGAACCAGUUCCGCCAGGACACGGGGACCCUCCGCCCAGUUCGCCGCAACUACUACGACCCGUCCUCGGCCCCCGGGAAGGGCGUGGUAUGGGAGUGGGAGAACGACAACGGCUCCUGGACGCCCUACGACAUGGAAGUGGGCAUCACCAUCCAACACGCCUACGAGAGGCAGCAUCCCUGGAUCGACCUCACUUCCAUCGGCUUUAGCUACGUCAUUGACUUCAGCACCAUGGGCCAGAUCAACCGGCAGACCCAUCGCCAGCGCCGCGUCCGCCGGCGUCUGGACCUCAUCUACCCCAUGGUCACCGGCACCUUGCCCAAGGCCCAGUCCUGGCCGGCCAGCCCGGGAUCAGCCGGAUCCGCGGGAUCAGCUGCCUCACCACCCGGCCCGCCCUGCUCUUGCCCGCAGUGCGUCCUGGUGAUGAGCGUCAAGGCAGCCGGGCCCCCGCAGCCUCCAGCCGCCCGCAAGAACGUGCCCCCAUCCGGAGCGGUCAAGCUGCCCCCACCACCACCAGGACCUGGGGCCAAGCUCCUGGACAGCACGGGCACCAUCCGAGGCCCCGUGAAGACAGCCCCAUCCCAGCCAAUCCAGCGACAGGCCGCCAGCACGCCGGCAGGGGCGGCUGUGGGCUCUCCUGCCAGCCCCCCGGGGACCAACGGCAAGACAGGAAGGGUGGCCCUGGCGACCUUGAAUAGGACCAACCUGCAGCGGCUGGCCAUGGCGCAGUCCCGGGUGCUGAUCGCCUCUGGGGUCCCCACCGUCCCAGUGAAGAACCUAAAUGGGUCCAGUCCUGUCAAUCCUGCCUUAGCAGGCAUCACUGGGAUCCUCAUGAGUGCAGCGGGGCUGCCUGUGUGUCUCACCAGGCCACCAAAGCUGGUCCUCCACCCACCCCCCGUCAGCAAGAGCGAAAUAAAAUCCAUCCCAGGGGUUUCCAAUACAAGCCGCAAGACCACCAAAAAACAAGCCAAGAAAGGUAAAACCCCAGAAGAAGUGCUGAAGAAGUAUCUGCAGAAGGUCCGGCACCCGCCAGAUGAGGACUGCACCAUCUGUAUGGAGCGCCUCACAGCCCCCUCAGGCUACAAGGGCCCGCAGCCAACGGUCAAGCCUGACCUGGUGGGAAAGCUGUCCAGAUGCGGCCACAUCUACCACAUCUACUGCCUGGUUGCCAUGUACAACAAUGGCAACAAGGAUGGCAGUUUGCAGUGUCCAACCUGUAAGACCAUUUAUGGGGUGAAAACAGGCACCCAGCCUCCAGGAAAGAUGGAGUACCACCUCAUCCCCCACUCGUUGCCUGGCCACCCAGACUGCAAAACCAUCCGGAUCAUCUACAGCAUCCCCCCUGGCAUUCAGGGACCAGAACACCCAAAUCCUGGGAAGAGCUUCAGUGCCCGUGGUUUCCCGAGACACUGUUACCUUCCAGACAGUGAGAAAGGGAGAAAAGUUCUGAAGUUGCUGCUGGUGGCCUGGGAUCGCCGCCUCAUUUUUGCCAUUGGUACUUCCAGCACGACGGGCGAGUCAGACACCGUCAUAUGGAAUGAGGUUCACCACAAGACAGAGUUUGGCUCGAAUCUCACUGGCCAUGGCUACCCAGAUGCCAAUUACCUGGAUAAUGUGCUGGCUGAACUGGCUGCCCAGGGUAUUUCUGAGGACAGCACUGCCCAGGAGAAGGACUGAACAGGAAGGGCUUUGGGGGAGAGGGGCUGUGGGGACCACAGGGUAGGAAGUGGGGAGAGUCAAGGUAGAAGUUGGUGCAGUGCUCUCCCGACUCCCUCAUCUCCCCUCCUGUCCUGUCUCCAUUCCCCAUCCCUCCCAGCCACAGGGGGGAGCCAGAUUGAGUAAGGGAAUGUUAUUCAUAAACCUCAUCCAUUACAAAAGGGACAUGAGAUGAGGGCCAUCCCCAGUCUGUUCCCAUGGGGUUUUCGGUGCUGGGUAGUCAAGAAAACCAUCCCUCACCCCCUAAGUGGGGGCAUGUGUGGACAGUGCAUGGGCACUCCAUAUCCUGGCCUCGU